UGUGUUGUCGCGCUUUUGUUGUGAAAGGCAAUCGGCCCGGAAGUACGAUUGCUGUUGAAGCUGUCGCUGUUUGCGAUGGAACGGUCAAGCGAAGCAGCGUGGAGGCCACCACGGGUAUGUGAAGACUAUUGGAGUGAGUUCAGACACUGUAAAAGUAUAAGGAAUCGUUUCCAUCACUACUACGCUCACGGCACCAGCCCAUCCUGCCAGCAGUGGAAACAGGACUACGAAACCUGCAGAGAGUGGGAGAAGCACGGAAGCAGAGAGACCAAGGAGGCAUUGCAGAGAAGUGAGAGGAGCCGAGUGGCAGAGCAAAGAAACUUCACCCCAGUGUGGGAAUUGAGGCGAGAGCCUCCUAGAGACUGGCAUAUGCCUCUGAACCAGGGAGGGCCUCAGGACUCGUGAAUGACCACUGUUCCCAUGCUGUCACUGUUCCAUACUGCAUUUCACUUCAUUGACAACCUUUGGAGUCAUGUUGGACAAACUGGUGAUCACUUGUUGCCUCCACAGGUUGUAUCAUGAGCUGUUGUAUGUAAACUGCAGUGGGUUUGUUGGCAGCACCGAGUGGUCAGUGAUGUGGAUGACAGCAUCUGUUCAGCUCGUGAUUACAAUGUGAUCUCUGCGCAGACAGUGCUUCUUGUCAUAAAUAAUUAAUUCUCCAAAGCUUAUGUAAACUGAAGCACAGAGGCUGACUGCACUCAAGAGACUCACUGACUCAAAAUGAGUUUUCUAUUCAUAUCCUUGUGCAGCACAGUGGUGCAGGAGUCAGCGCUGCCAUUUACAGAAAAAAGAUUCUAGAUUGAUUGUCCUUUUAGAAACUCCAGCCCUCAUGGCACAAAGAAAAAAGUGAUUAUUGCUAAUGGAUGAAUAUCAUUGUUUGAGGUUAUAUGUAAUCCAUCCAUGUAGUGUAGAACCCGCUGUGCUUUAUUUUGAUAUGGGUUAGAAUUUGAAGCUGCAUUAGAACUAACACUUUGGCCUCAAACAGUGGAAUUGUGACAAAUUUUGUCAACAUUUCUCUGUAACUCAGCUGUAUGUCAGUAAUGCCUGUGAUGAAUUCUCUUAAUGAUACAUUAUUGUGACAGAAUUGAGCUGUAUCGUUUCAACUCAUACCCAUGUAGCACUUUUCUGCCUUGUCUAAUUAAUUAUUGACUUUCCCAUAACUCAGAAUGUUAAAAAAAAAUCUGAACAAAGUAAAUCAAUAAAAAAAAGCACAUUUUUA